CAGGCCACGACAGAGAGGAUGCUUUUGAAGCCGAGAAUUUGAAACCAUCAUCAAAAUGUCUACAGUUUGAUAUCACCAACAGCAUUGUCGCCGUGCUUAUCUCCCAAAUGGUUCAUGCCAGAUCUUGCAGCUCUUCUCUUCAGUCGAGGCAAGAAUCACAAACCUCACAAUCAAUUAACCAUGUCGAUAAAUAUCCCAGUAUUUAGCGAUGAUAUGACCCUCUUAGACCGACACAACAAAAUCCUCUCGGACAUCCAACAUGAUCUGGACAACACCGACUGGAGUAAAGAACUGGACCGCAUGCACCGUGACAUGUUGACAUUAAAACCCAGUCAACCGGACCGAAUGUGCCCUUCGCCUACUCCACAAAAAGUAGAUAAAUUUAUGUCUAAGGACAUACACGGCCGUCCUAUAUUCAGUGCUAGGUUCGAUGUCCGGCAGUUUGAGCCUCAAGAAAUCGAAGUCCGUAUAUCGGAAAAUAAAUUAAAGGUCCAUGCCAAGCACGAAAAGAAAGAUGGCGACUCGACAGAAGUCAUUGAGUACAGUCGUAAAGUUAGCUUGCCGCCUAAAAUUGACUUGAAAAGCAUGAACUGCGUUUUAUCUUCGGACGGCUACUUGACCACAGAAGCGCUUGUAGCACCACCUAAUUACAUCAACUUUGAUGAAGAAUUUCCUUCCAUAGCGAACAGCAGUCCAACACGAUUACUGAAUAUCAACAUGCUGCACCCUGAAAGAACGUCUCCUCGUUUACCAAGAAGGGAUUACGAAAGUACCAACCAGAAAUUCAGAACCGAAGUCGACGUAUCAGAUUUCCAACCGGAAGACGUUAAAAUUACUACUCAAAACCAAAAGAUAAUAAUCAAAGCCAGACGUGAAGAGAAAGUGGGAGGUAGAACAACUUCAAAAGAAUUCAACAAGGAAAUUGCUAUUCCAAAAUCAAAGGAUCCAGAAAAAAUUAAAGCAUUUUUUUCAGCUAGUGGUAAGCUCAUUCUUGAAGAAUCGUAAAAACAAAGAUUUUAAAAAAACUCUCAAAUCAUUAUUUGAAUUAUCUGAAAAAACAUGAAAUUAAAUCAUUUUCUGUAAUCUUC